CCAGAGGGUCUCAUAACACGGAGUCCAACGACCGUGGCGCGCUCGCUGUCGCCGUUUGACAAACACCGAAAAUAAAUAAACGACUUCGUGCUUUGACAGGAAGCAAACCGAAGGUGCAGAAGUCUGGUACAGAGCAAUGAUAGGUUGAUGAGUACUGGUUAAGCUAAAGUGCAGUGAAUACUACUGUGUUUUUCCUUUUGAAGUUGACCCUGGUGUUCUCUAAGGUCCAGAUUCCUCCAUUGGAAACGAUCCAGAUAGGGUCCUACCACUGUUCCAUUGGGAUAUUUACAUAAAAGAUGUCUCUUUAAUGAAUGCUCCACAACUUCAAGAUGAGAGUUACUUGCGCUCUUACAAUUCUAUUAUCCAUUCUCAUAGUAACCUGCGCCUUCGAUGAAGACUUUGAUUUUCCUCAGGAUCUGGGCUCACAGCUAGACAAUUUUGGCUCAAAUUGGAACGCCCCCUACCAAAAUUUCAUCGCACGGUCCGGUAAAGUCUUCCAUCUAGUUGUUCCUAAAAACAUUUUCGGAAAAAAUGCAACGAUAUUCGAGGCAAAAGUAGAAGGUGGAAAAUCCCUACCAAAUUGGUUAGACUUCAGUAAGAUUCGUGCUGAGUUUGAAGGAGUUCCAUUAGAUGGUGAUGUAGGCAGUAUUGACAUAACUAUUAGAAAUGUGAAUGGCGAUAAACGUUUAUUUAAGAAUAUAGUAAUAGAUGUUCUACAUUCAUCAGUCCCGUUGGAUUUGAUCAGAAAAUGUUCAACUUCAGAAGACAUCACCUUUCUUACAAUACUCAUCGAUAAAAGGACUGAAGCUAUCAAGCCUGAUCAAAGAGUAGAGGCUAUAACUAAUAUCUCUCAGUUUUUUGGUAUACCAUAUAGUGCCUUCACAUUAAAAACAUUGAAAGAAAAAGAUGACCUCUCGGACAAUUCUGUCAUUGUGGCGGGACCAGGAAAUAUUAAGGAACGAACUUCACCUGUAACUUCUGUACUCGAAGUUCCUGUAGGUUGUGACUGGACGAUUUUACCUCAAUAUACUGCUUUAGUUCACAAAGUGAAGAAGCAAGCCAAAGAUGGAACUAUAUCCGAAGUUAUCAGAUUGCCUAUAAUCGGAUGGAGGGUUAAAGUUCGUAAAAAUAAAGCUCACAGAGAAAGGAGACAGGCUUUGGAGCCAGAUAUAGGUAGUGGUGAAUAUGAUGGUGACUACUACGAUGACUAUGAAGAUGCUGAUGACUAUGAGGAAGAAGGUGGGGUAGUUACAGAACUCCCUAAAAUUACCUCAACCACAACUCAGCCUACAAACCCUACCACAUCAUCUAAAAUAAAUGUAGAGACCACAAGUGCUCAUCCUCAUAGACAUCAUCAUGGUGAAGCGAAAAAAGAUGAAAAUAUGCCCAGUUGGCCAAUUGUAGAUGAUAAUUCUUUGGGAAAUGAUGAUAUAAUACCUCUCACAUCACCUGAAGUGCCUAAAACACCUUCGACAACAAGAGGAACAACCACUGCCACUAAAACUACAACAUCAACAACUAGUACAGAAAAGCCAACAUCAACAACUAUAAAAUUACAGUUUCCAAAAACGAUCGACAUAUAUGAGAAUAAUUAUGAAAAUUAUAAAGAUUACGAAGAUGAAGAUGAUGAUGACGAUGAGGAUAUUGAUGAUGUUGGUGAAGUUGAAAGUCAAACAAUUAUCCCUAUUUCCAAAACUCCUAGUAGAACUACAACCAGUACUACUACUAUGAGUACUAUUACUACAGAUGAAAUGGUCAUAGAAGAAGAUCCAGUAUUUGAAAAAGGUUCAACGAACGAAGAUUCAAUCGAAAAGCAUUUGUAUAGUGUAGACUCGGAAACAACUGAUACAACAACCAUGAAAACAACUAUUCCAGUAAAAACUACUGAGAUUGAAAUAAAUAUUCCUACAACUACACUGUUGUUAACCACUAGCACCACACCUUCAACAACAAUCUCAACAACGACUACUCCAACAACCACUACAACUUCAACAACUACUACUACGCAAAAAAUUACAACUACUACUCCAACUACCACAACUACUCCAACAACUACAACUACUGAAGCAACAACAAUCACUACUACACCAUCAACUACAACUACAACUCCUUCAACAACUACAACUACUCCAGUAACUACAACUACUUUAACAACUACUACUUCGACUACUACUACGAGUACUACCACAACACCAGCUCCAACAACUAAAGCAACAACAGAAAUUCUUGAAGAGACAGAACAGACCACCCCUACUAAACAAACUACUUUGAGACAUAUUUCAAGUACUUCUACAGCUAUUACCACAUUCUCAGAGAAAGAAAAUGAAGUCAAAAAUGAACCCCCAUAUAUAGAAAACGUAUUGAAAAGGUUGAAUGUGGUGGCUGGAAAAAUUUUCCGAUUCGUGAUUCCUGAAGCUACUUUCAGGGAUUCUGAAGAUAAUUAUGAUCUAAAACUGGAAUUCUUAGACAUUAACGAAAAUCCAGUCACGCCAAAUUCAUGGUGUCAAUUCAAUCCACAUCGAAGGGAAAUUUAUGGGCUACCCCUAGAUGAUCAUGUUUCCAAAUGGCAAUACUUUGUCAGAGCAAUAGACAGGGAUGGAGCUUACGUCCAAGAUAAUUUAACUAUAUAUGUGCAGCAACACAAAUUGCAACGUGCGUUUAACCUCGAUUUCUCUCUUGAAAUACGCAUCGAAAAGAAGGAAGAAUUCAAGCAUUAUAUAGACUGGUCGUUAAAAACCUUGAGGGCAUUAGGAAGGAUCUAUAAUACGAAUAUGUCAGAAAUUACAGUAAGGAAAGUGAGUUACAAGACGCAACCUGUUGUCUUCACUUGGAGCAACGAUUCAUUACCGACAAGCUAUUGUCCUAAAAAUGAAAUUGAGAAGCUGUUUAAGAUUCUUACAGCCAAUGAUAGAGGAGAUCCUUCUCAGGAAUUAAACAACGCUGUUACUCCUGAACUAAGAGUAAAAAAAGUAUCUUAUUAUGGAAUUGGGGUAUGUGAAGAAUUGAACACACCAAUUGCACCUCCUGUCAAUUAUCCACCUAUAUUGAGAAAUCCUGUCAAUCGGAUCAAUGCUACUGUUGGAGAAUUAUUAGUUUUUAGAGUUCCUAAGGAUACAUUUUAUGAUCCAGAAGACUUGGAUACUUUGUCUUUGAAUUUGACUCUCCUCACUGGAGAUCGCCAAGAAAUUCCUGCACAUAAUUGGUUGCAAUUUGACUCGAAAAAUAGGGAAUUCUUUGGAAUUCCUAGAAAAACAAGCAGAAGUGAAUACCAGCUUGUUUGUGUCGAUAGUGGGGGACUUCCUGUGAUAGAUAGCUUAGAAGUUGUAGUUUUUCCUGCUCCAAAAGUACCUUACAAUGUUGAAUUUAGUAUGACUGUUGAAACUUCUUAUGAUGCCUUUGUUGACAAUCCUAUAAUUCAAAAGAAAUUUGUCGACAAGUUGAUGGAAAUCUUUGAAGACCGCAAUGCUAGUCAUAUACAAUUUCUACCUUUCAAACAGAAACAACAUUCUGUUAUAGUUACUUGGUAUAAUAAAACUUUACCAAGUGACAAAUGCCCUCAAGAACAAAUCAACAAACUUGAAUCGAUGAUGAAAAAUGAAGAAAGGGGCAUAUCUAACAGGGUUCACGCUAUAAUGGAGCCCGAUUUUCAAGUAUCCACCAUAAAAGUCUUGCCAAUGUCAGUCUGCAAACUACAUAAGCGAAAAUAUCACCAUCCGAAACCGAUGCCAGAUGAUAGAAUUGUUAUUGACGAAUCUGCUCAAACAACUUCUAGUUCAGAUGAAUAUCUUUUAACUUUUAUAGUUCCUGUAGUUGUUAUUUCAAUAAUGACUUUCUUCGCUAUUUUAGCAGCUUGUAUUCUCUAUCGUAGAAGGAGAACUGGAAAAAUGAAUGUUUUAGAAGAAGGACGUCAAAGUAAUGGUAAUAAAGGUAUUCCAGUGAUAUUUCUAGAAGAGCUGGAUGAAAAGCCGGAAGCUGGCACCAAAGCGCCAAUAAUAUUAAAAGAUGAAAAACCUCCGUUGGCACCCCCUGAGUAUAGCAAAAGUGGCUCAUUAAAAUUUACUGAUGAUUCUGAGCCUUAUCACCCACCUCCUCCUUUCACUAGAACUCAAGAUAAUGGCAAACAAUCUAGGCCUAAACCUGCACCGACGUACAGGAAACCUCCACCUUAUGUGCCUCCUUAACAAUUACAGUUCACGUUUUUUCAGCAAUAAUUCAACAUCGUGUCAACAAAUUUGAAAUGAUUCUAAUAUCUUUGAUUGCCAAAUGUUGACUUAAGUAUGUAUUGGUACUUAAAUAUGAAAUUCAAUUGAAUAGACAUUUGGCACAUACCGACUUAAACUAUUCAAAGAUGAAAGUUUAUAAAAAAACCCUGAAUUAUUUAUUUUUUCUUACUUGGGAUAUUUUCUCAAAUUAUGCACAGUCAAAUAUUUUUGAAAUUAUGUUGAAUUUUUCGUCAUUUCAAUUUUUCAAGUUCCUGAGUAAAGAAUAAGUUUUCCAAUUAAAAAAAUUGAAUUAUGUACUAAAAUGACUUCUAGUCCUUAUGCACUUUGAAUUGUUCUUAAUAUAUAAUAAGCAUCCAUUAUAACUGAUCACUUUCUUUUCAUUCCUAUUUUAUUAUUAUUAUUUCUCUAAUUUUUAAUCAAAUAUAAAGUCUCCUUUGAGAUAAUUUUACCGCAAUUUAAUUUUUAUUAUGAUUUCAUUAAUUUUGUUCGUGAAUGAAUAUAAAUUUUUAUGGGAUUUUCAUGUUGAAAAUACUAUACAAAAUUACUAAUAUUUGAAAGCUCCAUCUAGAAUAUGGAUAGAUGAAAGUAAUAUUUCUGUUUGAAAUCUGAAAUUAGCCUUUUCAUAUUGAUGUUCAAUAUCAUUGAACUGAUUGUGACAAAAAUUUUUAUUUGUUGGACGUUUUAUUUUAAAAAUUUACAUAAAACUUAAUGAACAGUGAUCAUAUCAUUAGAUUAGGUGGUUUUAAAUAUCUGAACUGUAAAGUAACACAACUUUACAAUAUAAUACAGAGACAUAUCUAUAUUUUGCUUUCAAAUAUUUUGUUGUUUUCAAAUUUAUUAUUGAAAAAAUUCAUAAAAAAUCAAAAUCAAUUUUUUUGAUGUAUAUCUAGAAUAACCCAUGUUUGCACUAUGAGGAUAAUGAAAAAUUACAUAUCCCUCUCAUAUUUCAAGCAGAACGUUAUUUACUACAUGAAUGCAACUACAAUUGGGCCAUUGAUUGUUGUUAGGUAUGCAUUUUCAGUUACAGUGAUGUUUAAAAAAGUCAAAAAUAAACGAAAUAACUUAUGA